AUGUCCGAAACACCCGACACACACAGCUCGCCGGACAGUUUUGAUCCGGCGCCACAUGGUCAUAGAUCUAGCGCUGGCGAACAUCCUGAACAAGGACAAGGACCUGGAGCCUUCUGCGAGAAGAAGCAGACCUCUGGCGGGCCUAAGGCCGAGAACGCGCUACAGCAACUGCAUGCAGGCAGCGUGACGGAGAUCCCGCGGCCCCACGACAAAGAGCAAAAGGAAUACAUUGAGCGGCUCUUUGACGAGAACCUCGGCCAGUCGCCGUACUACGUGGGCGCGCAUUUCUUCAGCUCCGUCGUGGUUGCAGCCACAGAGGUCAUCAGGGAAUGCUGCUCAAGGGGCGGUGUAGCGCCGGAUGACAAGACGUGGAUCGGUGUUGCCGGCGAGCACCGGAGGGCGAUGGGCAGGGAGCUGGUGAAGAAGGUUCAUGGGUUCUGCCCGAUCAUGGCCCAGGCGGCCGGUAACUGGAUCGCAAUGUGGUUUUUGAAGGCGGCGUGGGGUGGGUGCGGCGAGUGCAGUCGGAGAGAGCAGGGGGACAGGGGUGCUGCGGAUGGCAGUCAGCUGGAGUACGAUCCGACAUACAAGCCAGAGGCAAUGCGGGCAGAGAUUGAGCGCGAGGCAGUGGUGCGGGAUGCAAGGAGCGCUGACAUGGAGGAGGCACCUGCAGGCAGCAAGACCAAGCGACGCCGCACGGUGUCGCCCAAAAAAGUCAAAUAGUGAAGAAAAAUAUAUUAAACUCGCUUAUCCUCAGUGCUUUGCGUAGGAAAUGGCGACUGGUGCUUCGCCCUCAUUCCGUGUCCACUCCGACUUCAGGUCGUCCUUGGCGGCACCCUGCCUGGACAUCGCUCGUGUACUCGACAAAGGCCACAUCGGGCUUGACCGACACCCAGCGGACCUCGACA